AUGGGAAGAAAGAAGAUUAAGAUCGCGAGAAUCAAUGACGAGCGAAGUAGACACGCGACGUUCGCCAAACGAAAGAACGGGCUGGUGAAGAAAGCGAUAGAGCUGAGCAUCCUGUGCGACUGCGAGAUAGCUCUCGUCAUCUUCAACUCCCAAGGGAAAUUAACGCAGUACGCAAGCGGCAAU